UGGAUCCAGCACUCUUUAUUCCCAUUUAAAGGCAGGUCAAUGGCGCUGGUAAUGCUACCUAACAUUUACCCAGUGCUCUUUUCUGCUUCAUAGUCAUGAUCACGGCUAACAGUUACUGAGUGAUAUUUUUUCUUUGUGAAAAGUACCUAACAUUUAUCGAGUUCUGGGUAUUUUCUAGGUGCUGCUCCCAGAGCCUUGUAUGUGUCCUCUGACUUCUCCUUACCACCCGGCAGGAGAGGAACCAUGACUUGCAUUUCACAGCUGAGGAGUUUGAGACACAGAGAGACUAAGGAACCUGCCUGAGGUGGUGGUUGGGUGCGGUAGAGUCACGUCCGAUUCGUGGCAACCCCACAUGACAGAGUAGAACUGCCCCACAGGGUUUUCUCAGCUGUAAUCUUUAUGGGAGCAGAUCACUUUAUGGGAGCAGGUCUUUUUCCCACGGAGCCACUGGAGGGCUCAAAUCGUCGACCUGUCGAUUAAUAGCCGAGUGCUUAACCACUGCGCCACCAUGGCUCCUUAGAGACAGGUGGUGGUUGUUGUUGUUGUUAGGUGCCACGGAGCCAAUUCCUUCUCAUAGCAACUCUAUAGGACAGAAUAGAACUGCCCCAUGGGUUUCCAAGGAGCAGCUGGUGGAUUUGAACUGCUGACCUUUUGAUUAGCAGCUGAGCUCUUAACCGCUGUGCCAUCCGGGCUCCAAAGAGAGGUUACUAUUAGGGCCUGGGAAGACUGCCCCGCAACGGGGAUAAGGAGAGAAGAGAAGAGAGCAAAAUUUGAAGACAGCCUUACAUCACCGGCCUCUCCCACCCAGAGAGCUGGGCGGCGGUGCAGGCGGGACCCAGACCCAGGCGUUGGUGGGAGUGGACCAGCCCCAGCAGGCGGGGCGCCAGGGCAGAAGGGCUUCCCAGCCUGCUCGUCCCCACACUGAGAAAGCCAGAGCCCGCUCCAGCCCUGCACGGGACAAACGCGGACUCUGGAAGUGAAGGAAGGCUCUGGACGUCCCUCUCUCCGUCUGAGCGCCUUCUCCCUCUGGCACAAGUUGCAGUCACUGUUUGGAUGCGUUUCUAGGACAGCACUCGGAGCUAGGCUUCUCCACCGGCAUCCCUGCUGCUCUGGUCUCUGUGAUGUGUCACUGACCACCCCACAGUCUCAGCCUGGAGACCAGGAGGGGAACACCACCAGCUUGCCAAGACAGCUGUCCUCACAAACUUUAAAGAAACGGACUUUCUCUCUGUCUCUCUCUAUUUCUCUGUCUUGGAACCUGUGGAAAUGUCCCCUUGCCGAGGACGUGAGUGUUAGUGAAGACAUGUCAUCACAGCCAGACCUCAGGAAUCUCAUGUGGCCAUCCUAACCUCUGGGUACCAUGUGGCGGCCACGGCCACUCUACACCUGGUUGCUGCUGUUUUAUUCCACUUCUCAGGUACAUGGAGUCGACGCCAGGUCCCGAGACCAUCCAGGGUUUGAGGUCUUGGCUUCUGCAUCACAUUACUGGCCGCUGGAACGUGUGGACGGGAUCCACGAGCUUCAGGACACAACUGGAGCCUCCCGAGCCCACAACCUCACUGCGCUCCUUCCCCAUAACUCCACCUUUGUGUAUACCAAUGACUCUGCCUACUCUAACUCCUCAGCGACCGUAGAUAUUGUAGAAGGGAAGGUCAACAAAGGCAUUUACCUCAAAGAGGAAAAAGGAGUCACGCUCCUCUACUACGGAAGUGUCAGGAACUCCUGCAUCAGUGAUCCCAGCCAGUGCGGCCCCGAAGGGGUCUCCUUCUCUUUCUUCUGGAAGACACAAGGAGAGCUGUCCAGGCCCACUCCCUUUGCCUAUGGGGGGCAGGUGAUCUCCAACGGGUUCAAGGUCUGCUCCAAUGGCGGCAAAGGCUCUGUGGAGCUGUACACGCGGGAGAACUCCAUGACGUGGACAGCCACCUUUAGCCCCCCAGGCCCCUACUGGACGCAUGUGCUAUUCACAUGGAAAUCCAAGGAGGGCCUGAAGGUCUACGUCAAUGGGACCCUGAGCACCUCCGACCCCAGCGGGAAGGUGUCCCACGCCUAUGGGGACCCCAAUGCAAACCUGGUGAUCGGGGCUGAGCAGGACCAGACCAGGCGCUAUGAGAAUGGUGCCUUUGAUGAGUUCAUCAUCUGGGAGCGGGCACUGACCCCGGACGAGGUUGCCAUGUACUUCACAGCUGCUGUGGGAAAGCACAUGGCAUUGUCUUCCACACCACCAAGCUUCCUUGUGACACCCACAGUGAGCGCCGUGAUGCCCACGGAUGCCUACCACCCCAUCAUAACCAACCUGACAGAGGAGAGGAGAAAAUUCCAGAGCCCUGGGAUUGUGCUGAGUUACCUUCAGAACGUGUCCCUCCACUUACCCAAUGAAUCCCUCUCACAGGAAACGGCCCGGAACCUCACCGAGACCUUCUUAAAAACCGUGGGAGAGGUUCUUCUACUGCCCAGCUGGACUGACGAGUCAGAGGACCAGGCCGCGGUGCUGGGCCUGAUUGACACCAUCGACACGGUGAUGAGGCACAUAUCUGCCAACCUGCACACCCACGAGCCCCAGGUCACCAUCGCCGGCUCCUCCUCCAUGGCAGAGUACUCAGUGGCCAAGGUCCUCUCCGGAACCAUGAAUGCCUCCCACUACCGCUUCCCAGCCCAGGGGCACAGCUACGUCCAGAUCCCCCACGAGGCCUUCCACAGCCAAGCCUGGACCACCAUCGGGGGCCUCCUCUACCACACGGUACACUUCUCCCUGAGCAACAUCCAUCCGGACAACACCAGGAUUGCCGAGGCAGCGAAGCAUCAAGGCUGCCUGAUGUCAGCCGCCAGCCCCCUGAUCUCCCUGGAGGUCUCCCCACCACCUGCUCUUGCCCAGACUUUGUCGGGGUCUCCGCUGGUCACUGUCCACCUCACACACAUACUGACACAGAAGCAGUACAGCAGGGCCACCAAUGAGAGCAACCAAGUCUUCUGGUACUGUGCCUUCUUGGACUUCAGCUCUGGAAAAGGGGUCUGGUCAAACGAGGGCUGUGCCCUCACAGAGGGGAACCUCAGCUACUCUGUCUGCAGCUGCACUCACCUUACCAACUUCGCCGUCCUGAUGCAGGUGGUCCCGCUGGAGCUGGCACAUGGACACCAGGUGGCGCUGUCGUCCAUCAGUUACAUCGGCUGCUCCCUGUCUGUGAUCUGCCUGACCGCCACACUGGCCACUUUCGCCGUCCUCUCCUCCGUCAGCACCAUCAGGAGCCAGCGCUACCAUAUCCACGCCAACCUGUCCUUCGCUGUGCUGGUGGCCCAGGUGCUGCUGCUUGUCAGCUUCCAGUUCCAUCCGGGCACGACCCCAUGCAGGGUCCUGGCCGUGCUCCUGCACUACUUCUUCCUGAGUGCCUUCGCGUGGAUGCUGGUGGAGGGCUUGCAUCUCUACAGCAUGGUCAUCAAGGUCUUUGGCUCAGAGGACAGCAAGCACCUCUGCUACUACGGCGUAGGAUGGGGUUUUCCUCUUCUGACCUGUAUCAUUUCAGUGUCAUCUGCCAUGGACAGUUACGGAGCAAGUGACAACUGCUGGCUGUCCCUGGGGACUGGCGCCAUCUGGGCCUUCGUGGCUCCUGCCCUGCUGGUGAUUGUGGUCAACGUCGGCAUCCUUGUCGCCGUGACCCGGGUCAUCUCUCAGAUCAGCGCCGACAACUAUAAGAUACAUGGAGACCCCAACGCCUUCAAGCUGACUGUGAAGGCCGUGGCGGUGCUGCUGCCCAUCCUGGGCACCUCGUGGGUCUUCGGCGUGCUUGCAGUCAACGACCAGGCCGUGGUCUUCCAGUACAUGUUCGCUGUGCUCAACUCCUUACAGGGCCUCUUCAUCUUCCUCUUCCACUGCCUCCUGAACUCAGAGGUGAGAGCUGCCUUCAAGCACAAAACCAAGAUCUGGUCCCUCACCAGCAGCUCUGCCCGCAGCACCCACGCGAAGCCCUUCAGCUCCGACAUCAUGAAUGGGACCCGGCCUGCCACAGCCUCCUCGAAGCUCAGCCCCUGGGACAAGAGCAGCCUCUCCUCCCACCGUGUGGACCUAUCUGCUGUGUGAGAGGGCUGCUGACCGGCCAUCCCCCCAAAACAGCCCCAGAGACUGACCGUACCUUCGAGGGGCCUGGAGCGGGGGUUACAGCCUGGAGACAGUGUCACCUGUGACCAUUGUGUGGGGUGCCCGUGGCUGCUGACUCAGGGGCCGCAUGUCCAGGAGGGGCUGUGGGCCGUGGCUUCCUGAGGAAGUGACUGAGGACAGGUGGCCAGCUGCAAGGCUGUGCCUCCCAUCACCAGGCUGCAUCAUGGUACAUGCACUGCACACAAGCCCCGGACGCCAUGACCACUGGAGGGAACUGGACAUUGAGCAAGAGGCGGUCUUUGAGUGUGGCUGAGGUCCCCACAACCCCACAGGCCCCCAUGGGACGCCACAUGCCCUGCAGGCCAGCCAGGCACAGCGGGGUGGGGAGUGGAGGAGUAAAUACCCCAUGCUCCCCACACCGGGCACCUCACCCCCGUCACGUCCUCACAGUUGUCCCAGAGAGUGGACACCCGGCCAAUGUGAAGACCCCCUCCGCCCCUCCCUGGUGCCUUUGACUCCCAGACCCCAAGUCAGCCUCCAGCACCCCAUCUCCUGGCUCCCAGUGCUUUUGUGCACAGUGUCCCCAGCUGACUCCUCCUGCUCUGGGCCCCCUCCACAUCACUGAACUUUCUAAACCCCACUCCCCAGAGCCCACUCUGUCCCAGGGAGCAGUCAUAGUGGGGAGCGGGGGGAACAGACGUGCCAUUUCAUGCCAAGGAGAGGCCGCCUUCUCCCCGGAUGGCCAGCCCAUGCUGAGGGAGCACUGAUGGUUCCCUCACCCUUGGCUGACCAGGGCAGGAGGUGUGACAGUAGCCACGUCUUGGGUGUCGGUGUUAAUUAUGGGCUCACCCCUCAGGGGGCGGGAUCACUGCUAUGGCCAUGUGUGGGUGAGCACCUGGGGUACAAGGGCGGGUCUGAGGUGGAGCCCGAGAGCCAUCACUGUACUUGGGAAUGGGCUGCGGAGACUCAUACUGUGACCGUGGCAUCAGUCAGGUUUGCAAAUACGCGGAUGAGACGCAGGUCCCUGUUUUUCAUACUGGAAAAUCCUCCUUUAGAACUGUGAGUGGAUGUCGCCUGAGCCCCUUCCUCACCCCCACGCACCUGCCUGGCUUCAGGUGCACCUGGGGACCUUUCUAUUUUUGUGCGGUCAGCUCUUGGUGUGACUUACCCUGGUCACAUUGAGUGUUCUCGGGGCUAAUCUUUGUGCGUUCUUCGGCACGGAGCCUGCAUGAAGUGGCCCCUUGUGCAUCAGUGACCCAGUGCACUGAGAUACCAUCACCCUGCUUGGGCUGAGGGGAGUCCUGGCCGAUGUAGCGGAGCCCCUGUACAGACACCGUAGCUCGUGGGCAGUGGGAGUGGGCCCAGCCCUGCCCCAGGCUCCCCUGCGAUCCCAGAAUUGAGUGUGGCUCAGUGUUAGACCCUCCGCAUGCCUGUGAGUGCCUGUAAGUGACAACACUGUAUUCCUAAGAGUUACGCUUGGGAGUUCUUUCUCUUAUUUAGUUUUAUUGUGAAGCAAAUCAAGUAAGGAACUGCUUUCGUUUCAGACAAUUCUUUAUGUGUUUUAACUCUCAGCAUGUCCACUCCACGUAGCUAAUAGAUCUAGAGAAAUAAUGAAUGAACCCUGCCUAAACCUGGUAUUUCUGAUGAAUGGAAGUAGUAGUGCACUUUAUUUAUAAGCUGAUGUAUCUUGGCUUCUGCAGUAGUUUAUUAUCCACACAUCAUUUGGCCAAAGAUAAGAAGAUAGGAUUGUGUAUAGGACAUAGAUUGUAAACGGGGAAGAUAGCGAAUGCCACUAAGUAUCAAAAGUAUGUUGUGAUUUUAUCAAAUAAAACCUUGCCGUUCUUAAAAUAACGUGCGGUCUUUAAAGUCUUUUGUAGUGGAAGGUGGGUUGGACGGUGAGUCUCUGAACGAAAAUCUAAAGGCAAGCACACAUGGGUAAACUCCUAGACGCGUAUGGAGCACCUACCGAGUACCAUCCAGUACAGUGCUAGAAGAUGAGCCCCUGCGGGUGGAAGGCACUCAGAAUACACAGCGGUCCAGCAACAGAGAUCAUGAAGACCGCGCAGGACCGGGCGACAUUUCCUCUGUCAUACUUACGUAGUGUCGCCGUGAGUCAGAGCCAGCUCUGUUGUAACUAACAAUGGAGUACCCAGCACGUUCUAGCUCUGGGGGAGCGGAGGGCACCCAUGGACUCUCAGGACCUUACCUGUCAGGGAGGGGUGUGGACAUGGACCUGUGGCAGACAAGCAGGCGUGGCAAGGAAGGGGAGGAGGAGGAAGGAGAAAUGGAGGGAUCUGUGAGGCCCUUUGUUUGCCUCAGGUUUUAUUUACUGCGCAACGUUCUGUUGCUUCUUCAAAGGAGACAAACAGAAGCUGAACUGUACACCACUCCCCAAACAUAUUUGCUUUACCACGUCGCGUUUGCGUCCUUGUCCACAGGCAGGCGUAAUCUACGUGGUCCUACCUCAAUGUCUGCUGUUCAACCACCUGUUUAGUCUUCUCUCAGAGACUGUCUUCCGCAUUACUAUAGGUUGUUCCUGAUUAUACAACCCCUUGACACUGGAGUGCAUGUACAACAUUCAAUUAAAUAUCACAAGUUAUUGCAGCCUUGCACUAUUUUACAGUUAGGUUAUUUCUGUGGGGGUGUGUAUGUGUAGGUAUCUCAACAUUUUCUAUAUACAAGAACGUGUAUUUUGUUUAUGUAUGUUUAUAUAUGUUAUAUGUGUACCUUUUAUACAUGUGGAUAUUGAUGUUCUUGUCCUUCUGGCUUUUUUUCCCCCUCAUGUUUGUUAUUUUCCAGGUUAAAUUUCAGAACUGGGAUUCUGCAUUAAAAAGAAUAUAUGAUUUCACAACUCUUGAAACAUCUUGCCAAAUUGUUUUCCAAAAUGAUUCCUGGCCCCAUUAUCACUGCCAGUGGUAACUUACUGAUACUCUCUUUUCUGGAAAUGUUACUAGCAAAGAGAGUUAUUAAUAUGCUGAUUCAGUUUGUAUGAAAUGCCAUGUGUCCUCAGGGAGGACUCCUGGCUCUAUCACUCACCCACCUGCCUCAGUGUCUCAGCUCAAGUCCCCUCUGACCUCCCUGUUCUUCAUCCUCCCAGCUCGGGCCCGGUUCCUUAGCAACACCCAUGUCUAAUUUCUGCAUUGGUGGGCUAUCCCUUCCUUCCCUGCUCCCCUCUCUGGACAGGGUG